AUGGUCGCUCCUCGCGAUGCGGCCUACAUUGGAGCCUACCUUUCGACAUUCCUGUUUGGCGCGUAUAAUGUGGUCGCCUAUCAUUGUAGCGUCGUCAUGUAUCACCGCUACAAAAUAAAGCGGUUGCACAUGUACCUCCUGGGCACCCAUAUUGCUCUGUUUCUUCUGAUAAAUUGGCGCUGUAUAGCAAACAUGGCUCGUAGUCUCCACGGCAUAUUCCACAUAUCCCCGGAUGGCACUAUAAAUUUACACCCGACUUGGUCUGCCUGGAGUCUCGUUGAAAACACGCCGUGGAUCAUGAGCGUAAUCGUUGCAGAUGCCUUCAUUGUUUAUCGCACGUACAUCGUCUGGUCGCAGAAUUAUCUCAUAGUAGCCAUUCCUCUAUUACUUUUUGUCGUGGAUUUUGGAGCGGCAAUUUUCCUCUUAGUCGGCAUGGCGAGUUCCAAGACGACUCUUGCACACUUGAUCCAUCUGACGGCUGCCUUUGCCGCGGCGACUUUGGCGGCUAACCUGAUUUGCACCGUUCUUAUUUCGCUUCGCAUCUGGAGGGUACGCAGCAACAUGUCCGGCUUGACAAGAGAAGGUCUCGACCCCUUGAGUGGUGUCGUAAAGCUCAUCGUAGAAUCUGCCGCUAUUUACACUGUUGUACUUAUAGCGGAAAUUAUCGCUCUGGGUGUCGGCAGCGCCGUUUACGACGUGCUCUUCGACAUCCAGUCCCCUAUUAUCGGCAUUGUCUUCUCGAUGAUCAUUAUUCGCGUCAGUCGAGGACAAGCGCAGGGAGAUACCAGCGAAAGUACCGAUGGUACUAUUGCAUGGCGCCAUUCCAGCACGGAAGAAAGUGUACAGAUCAGGCUCCAGACAAUCAACGUCACGCGUAGCGAUGUCGAAGCUCAGCACGAGGGCCCCAAAGUCUCGACGAAGACGAAUUUUGAGUCAUCAGGAUACAAACCCGUGGUUCUGUAUCACCGCUACAAAACAAAGCGGUCGCACAUGUACCUCCUAGGUACCCAUGUUGCUUUGUUCUUUCUUAUAACUUGGCGCUGUAUGGCAACUAUUAUUGGCACUAUGAUCGGUAUAUUUCACGUAGGCACGUAUGGCGUUCUCAAUUUACAUCCGCCCUGGUCCGCCUGGAGCCUCGUCGAAAAUACGCCAUGGGUCCUGACCACAAUCGUCGCCGAUGCCUUCCUUGUCUACCGCACAUAUAUCGUCUGGAUGCAGAAAAAUCUGAUAAUAGUUAUCCCUCUGCUACUCUUUGCCGCGGACAUUGCAAUGGGAAUUUACUUCUUGGUCGUCAUGGCGAAUUCUUCUUCGACUUUUCGAUAUUUGCUUCAUGUAACGACUGCAUUCGCUGCUGCGACACUGGCGGCUAACCUCAUUUGCAUCUAUAAGCACUGCCAAUCGUCAUACUAA